UUUAAAAAUAAUUUCAAAUUUUUUAGACUUUAAAAAUAAUUUCAAAUUUAAGUGAACUUAAAACAAUCUUCACAUGAACCCAUUAUAAUAAAUGUCAUACCUGUGCCCUUCAGCAGAAAUACAGGUAUACAGAAAUUGAAUAAAGUUAUCAAACACUCAAUAACUUUUGUAGCUUUAAGGAUUCAUCUAUAUUUCAUUUAGAAUUUAAACUCGUGCAGUGUGUUUAGGGCUUAAAACAAGACAAAAAGUUCAAACUUACGAAAAUUAUUUAUGGUUUAAGAGCUGAACGUGAUUCGGAUCUGACACGCAUUGUAUUUUGUCUCAACUAUCUUUAACCUAUCUGACCCACUUCAGGUCUUAAAGUCUCUACUAAUGAACUGACGUGUUGAAUCGGGUGUGUUAGAUAAGGGAGACAGUGCUGCUCCAGGACAGUUUGGAAAUCCAUUUCAGAGACAUGUUCUUAUCACUUAUAUGACAUAUUACAUGCCUGUGCAGUUUAAGGCAGUUUAAAUUUUUGUUAACUUAGCCGACUACGACAUUGUUUGUAGUUUAUUUUGCGCUUUGAUUUGAAAUGAUACAGGCUAUAGUGCGUGCUUGCGCCUUUGUGCGUGCAAUUGAAGAGCAUGAGCUACAAGCACAGUUCUGUUUGACUUGCACCUGGUGCUGAGGUGAAGCGGAGUGCGCAUCUGAAAUGUCUCCGGUUUGAUGUGGCCAUAAAGAUGGUCUUUUGACUAAAUAAUUGCACAUCUUGUAAUGAAAAAAAGAGACAGAAGUAGCAGUUAUGGGUGGGGUGGUCAACCCUAGCCCCGCCCCAUUUAACUUAAUUAAACUCUAUUUUUAUUCUUUAGGGACCAAGCACCGAAUGUGCAAUGGCACCUAUUGUAUCCAUUGACAUUCUUCUUCCAAUGCACCCCAAAAUGCAAAACUCUUUCAUGUCUACAACACUGCAGUUGGUCUGAUGCUUGCUGCCUUGCUUCUGUAGUGGUUGGCCCCAAUAAUUGCUGCUUGCAGCUAUACUCUUAUUCUUCUUCUGCUCUGGAAGUCAAUGGCAGCUCAUAGAACCUCUUGCGGGAAAGUUAUAUAAUUUGGCACACAAAUAAAGGACAGUCUCAAUAUUAAGCAUAGCAUUUUUGGAGUCUCUGUCUCAAACUCUCUAGUGCCACCAAUAGGCCAAAUUUGCAUUCAUAUUCUGCUAAUAACUUUUGAACCAUAAGGAUAAGUGGAAUGCAUACAAAAAUUUAAAUUUCUUCAGGUCAAUUUUGAAUUUAGUGAGAAUUUUACUUGAAGUGUGAGAGCGCGAGAUGGAGCCUGAAAGUGUUUUUUUUUUCUCUAAUCCUGAAUCACUACGGUACAUCUACAAUAAGUGUUAAUAUUCUGACUAUUGUAGACCGGGCGGGUCAAAAUCAAAUCACCUUUAUUGUCAAAAUCUUUGGUACUGUACUCAUAUUGGAUGACAUUUACAUAUUAUACAUUACAAACAAAUGUACAGUAUACAACAAUAAUUAUAUAGUCAGGUCCAUAUAGUGCUGGGCGGUAUGACCAAAAAUUUAUAUCACGGUAUUUUUCAAAAUUAUACCGGUUUCACGGUAUAUGAUGGUAUUUAUUUUUUUCAUGCAUGACCGGGUGUUAACCACAUUUUUUACUGAUUGAGAGGAAAAACUGCAGUAGAUUAAUUUAGAAUGCCCUAUUUUACUGUCAUGAUGAGCGAAUAUUGUAGGAAAAUUCCACACUAAAUAGUGACUAAACACGACCCAUUAAUACAUGUUAACCAGGAGUCACUUUCAUUUAUAAUCGCGACAUCGUCUGAUUAAAAUCAACAUGCAUCUAACGUUACACUAAAGAGCAGCUGUGCGGUGGUUUUGGCUAUAUUACUUUGUCUCAUGCAGUGCACUGCCUGCGUAUGUGUAACAAACUAAAAAAAAAUUAAAACAACAAACAAAAAAGUGCAUAAUAUUAACAGACGAACUAUGCUCAUUAUUUAUAAUUCCAAACAGUCAGUUAGUGGCAGGUUCUUGGAAAUGCUGUUUUGCACUCAUUUACUGACGAGUCUGCUGCUGUAUGACUGCUGAAUUCGGUGCUUCUCUGCUGCUCACUGCACAGAACAGAUGCAGAGAGAUGCGACACUGCACCGGGAGUCAGAUCUCGCGCUCGCGGGGCAGUACUGGCGACUUCUUCCAACUGAACCAUAGCUAAGGUUUAUCCAAAAAAGUCGCUAGGUUUGUCAGUUUGUACAUUCUAUGGAAAAAAGCCGCUAAAAGGGUUUGAAAGUUGCUAAAUAUAGUGCUAAAGUCACGCGUGUGUGUGUGUGUGUGUGUGUGUGAGACGCGGGAGCUGAUGGCAGCAGGCGGUGGAUAUUGUGGAUGAGUUCUUCUGUGUCAUCACGUUCUACAGCUUCAGAACUUGAACGCUUAGUAACACAUACAGCUGUGUCCUCGCCACAAUGCAAUAGUGAAAAGAGACCCCUCUAAAAUAUAAGUGUUGCGUUCUGAACGUUAUUUAAAUGACACCGGUAUUGCAGUAUUUAAAAAAUUCAUAUCAUAAGAAAAAUAAACAGAUAUUUGGUAUGAACUGAUAUACCACCCAACACUAGGUCCAUAUAUAUUAGGACACAGGGACAAUUUUUAUUAUUUUAGCUGAUGACCAAAACAUAUUCAAGUUAGUUAUAUGAUGAAUAUGGGAUUAAAGUGCACACUCUGAGCAUUAAUUUGAGGGUAUUCUCAUAAAAAUUGGAGGAAAUGUUAAGGAACUACAGCUCUUUAAUAUGAAUGAAUGAAUGAAGCAUUUAUAUAGCGCUUUUAUUGUGUAUUGCUAUACACCCAAAGCGCUUUACAAUCAUGUGGGGGGUCUCUCCUCAACCACCACCAGUGUGCAGCAUCCACUUGGAUGAUGCGACGGCAGCCACAGGACAACGGCGCCAGUGCACUCACCACACACCAGCUACAGGUGGAGAGGAGAGAGAGAUAGAGCCAAUCAAGUGGAUGGGGAUUAUUAGGAGGCCAUGAUUGACAAGGGCCAGUGGCGGGAAUUUGGCCAGAACACCGGGGUUACACCCCUACUCUUUACGAUGAGUGUCAUGGGAUUUUUAAUGACCACAGAGAGUCAGGACCUCGGUUUAAUGUCUCAUCCGAAAGACGGUGCUCUUUUGACAGUAUAGUGUCCCCAUCACUAUACUGGGGCGUUAGGACCCACACAGACCACAGGGUGAGCACCCCCUGCUGGUCUCCCUAACACCUCUACCAACAGCUACCUAGUUUUCCCAGGAGGUCUCCCAUCCAGGUACUGACCAGGCUCAGCCCUGCUUAGCUUCCAUGGGCAACCGGUCUUGGGCUGCAGGGUGAUAUGGCUGUUGACCGUAUACAUAUUUGCCUCCUCCCUUUUUCAAGGGACCAAAAGUAAUUGGACAGUUGGCUCAAAAGCUGUAUCAGUGACGGGUGUGGGUUUAUUCUUUCGUUAUUUCUACAUUAAUUAAGCAGGUAAAAGGUCUGGAGUUGAUUCUAAGUGUGUCAUUUGCAUUUGGAAGCUGUUGUUGUGAACCCACAUUAUGCGGUCAAAGGAUCUCUCCAUACAAGUGAAACAAACAAUUUUUAGGCUUCAAAAACAAAACAAAUCCAUCAGAGAUAUAGCAGGAACAUUCCGAGUGUCGUACAUUCUGAGAAAUAAAAAAAAAAAGGAACGGACUAGUGAGCUCAGCAACAUAAAAAGGCCCGGACAUCCACAGAGGACAACAGUGGUGGAUGAUCGGAGAAUCCUCUCUAUGGUAAAGAAAAACACUUUCACAACAUCCAGCCAAGAGAAGAACACUCUCCAGGAGGUAGACGUGUCACUGUCAAAGUCUACAAUCAAGAGAAGACUUCACGAGAGCAAAUACAGAGGGUUCACCACAAGGUGCAAACAAGGCCAGAUUAGAUGCCAAAAACAUCUAAAAAAGGCCAGACCACUUCUGGAAAAGCAUUCUCUGGACAGCUGAAAUUAAGAUCAACCUGCACUAGAAUAACAGGAAGAAAAAAGUGUGGAGAAGGCUUGGAACAGCUCAUGAUCCAAAGCAUGCAACAUUAUCUGUGAAACACGGUGGAGCAGAGUGAUGGCAUGAGCAUAGCUUCCAGUGGCACUGGGUCAGUGGUGUUCAUUGAUGAUAUGUAUAUCCCUGUACACUUUAGAAUUCAACUGGCUGCUUCUGUCUGCCCAGAUUCAGUCAAGUGGAGCAAAGUUGAUUGGACGUCGUUUCAUAGUACAAAUGGACAGUGACCCAAAACAUACAGCAAAAACAGUUUUUGAAGAAUAUUCUGCAAUGGCUAAGUCAGUCUCCUUAUCUCAACACGAUUGAGCAGCAUUUCACUUGCUGAAGACAAAACUAAAGGCUGAAAGACAAACAAACAAUAACUGAAGUCAGCUGCAGUAAAGGCCUGGCAAAGCAUCACAAAAGAGGAAACCCGGUCUUUGGUGAUGUCCAUGAGUUCCAGACUUAAGACAGUCAUUGCCUGCAAAGGAUUCUAAACAAAAUAUCAAAAAUGAACAUUUUAUUUAUGUUUAUUUUAUUAUUUAUUUGUCCAAUUCGAGUCCCUGAAAAUGGGGGGACUGUGUGUAAAAAUGGUUGUAAUUCCUAAGCAUUUUGUGUUUUAUUUUUGUUCAACCCCUUGAAUUAAAGCUUAAAUUUAAUCUAAAAUUUCAUAUUGAUUGUUUUAUUUUUAAUUCUGUUCUGGUAGCAUACAGAGCCAAAAUUAUGAACAUUUACAUUUAUUAAAUUUACAUCUAAGUUACAUAGUGCAGCUGCCCUGCCGCAACCCAGAUAUUCUCACAUUAAUGAUAACUUUGCUUUAUUGACCAUUAAUUAAUUCAUUAUUGACACUAUCUCCUUUUUUCGUUUAAUAAUAAUAAAAGGUUUAAAUGCCAGCUUGAAGGUUUUUGAAUCAGAGUGGCAGAGUGACAUAUUUCUGCACAGGCCCUUCCCACGACUAUUGACUGACACAGCUGUUUUAGCACUGACCCGCCCUGAGUGAGCGGUCAUCAGUCCACCCAUGUUUCGAUGUUGGAGAAGGAGUAGACAAGAUUGUGUCCUAAGCGAAUGAGGUGUUUUGUUGUUGGAUGUAAUAAUGAAUAGGGCAGGGUAAAAGAUAUCGAUAUUUCGAUUUUAAUCGAUUCUCAUUUUUACGAAACGAUAUCGAUUCUUAAGUCCCAAGAAUCGAUUAGUCUAGCCGGUUUUCAGGUAAUGGAUGGAACAUUGAAGUGCACCUCCCAUCCAAUAAAUCACAAUAAGCAUUGUGCGUUGGUACUUUUUUAAUAUGAAACAAAGUCUCAGAUUUCAAAUUCAAAUCCUCGUUUUGGCGUUGUUUAUUGUGGAGUGACAGAUCGCUGUAGCGCCUCAGUUCAAAGACGCGGCAGCGCGAGGUGCACGUGAACUGCUCAUCUCCUCCACAUUAAUACCAGUUUCAGCAUAAAAUAAACAUGACUAAACAUCCGAAGGUAAAUUAAAAGAAAGAGUACAACUUUACAAUCUGUGUCCUGUCAUGUAAUCGCUCAAACAGUGUUUCAGCCACGCAAAGACGUCAAUAUAACAGCUUGUAAACAAUUCAUGUAACAACACAUUUACCUCAGAAAGCAUAUUCGGUGACCAUAAACUCGUUAAUUAUCCAGAAAAAUAAACUGUAGAGAGGAGCAUUUUUCUAAAUGUAUGCACCAUAUAACAUUCAUUAUAAUUGUUUACUGUUCUUUAAUGUUUGAAAAAAUCUGUCCCAAGUUUUUAUGACAGCCACUAUUUAAAUGUGCAUAUUUAAAAAAAAAAUUAACUGAAGUAAUGGUAACUUAAUUAUUAUAAAAACUUCAUUAAGUGCAAUUUAAUCAGUUGGCAGCACAAAUCAAUUUUAACCUUCAAUAUUAUAAUGUAGUACCAACUAACUCGUAUAUUUUACAGCAUUAGUUCAGUCUUUUUUCCCUUGAGAAAUUUGUCAUGUACUGUACCUGAUAUGUAUCCAAAAUAAUCGGAAUUGAAUCGAAUCCUAAAAUUUGUCAAAACCCAGCCCUAAUAAUGAACAAAGCAGUUGUCAUUUACUCCCGACAUCUGAGCUGCUGAAGACGCAGUGGAUUAGGUUUUUUUUUUUUUUUGAAGGGAAUGCGCCUCCCGAUUUACCUAAAUGUGUCUGUGUUCACGUGAAUAUUUCGUAAUCCAGCUUUACCUACAGAAAAAGUGAGUAUAAGUUUAUGAAUCUUUGCAUGUCGCCUUAACUUAUAAUGUGCUAGUUAGCAAGUUCUGCGACUAAAGUUUACAGUCUCAUGAGAACGGCUUGUCAUCCCACAGAAGAGAGGGACUGGGUGAGCAGAGCUCAUUAGCAUUGAAAGUGACAUGCACUGAAAUGGCUUGCUGUGAACAGAGCUGUUUUUGACCAGACCUAAUGGCACCAAAAGAGGAGAAAGUAGUACUUAAUGAAAAUGAAGAGGAAGAUAAAUACGAGAAUCUUCAUGAUUUCAUAACUGGAGAAAAAUCUUGCUCUCCAACUGAAAAGACUUCCACACAAAAAAGAGUUCAAGAGACAGAACCUAGAAGUUUUACUUGCUUUCAGGUUGAAAAGAGUUUCAAUCAUCAGAGAAACUCUAGAGACCACAUGAGAAUUCAUUCUGGAAAGAAGACGUUCACCUGCGAACAAUGUGGAAAAAGUUUCAAUCAAAAAGGAAAUUUUAACAAGCACAUGAGAGUUCACACUGGAGAGAAGCCUUACACAUGCCCUCAGUGUGGACACCAUUUUGCUCAAAAAGUACACCUUACUGCUCACAUGAGACUUCACACUGGAGAGAACCUACACACAUGCCCUCAGUGUGGAAAGAGUUAUGCUCAACAAGGAAAUCUUAAAGUCCACAUGAGAAUUCACACUGGAGAGAGCCCUUUUCCCUGCCAACACUGUGAAAAAAGUUUCACUCGUAAAGAAAGUCUUGACAAACACAUAAGAAUUCACACUGGAGAAAAGCCUUUCAUAUGCCCUCAGUGUGGAAAGAGUUUCACUCUAAAAGAAAACUUUACCAGGCACUUGAGAACUCACACUGGAGAGAAGCCUUACACAUGCCAACACUGUGGAGAGAGUUUUUCUCAACCAGGAAACCUUAAUAUUCACACGAGAACUCACACUGGAGAGAAUCCUUACAUAUGUUCUCAGUGUGGAAAAAGUUUCAGUCAACAUGGAAACCUAAUAGUCCACAUGAGAAUACACAAUGGAGAGAGGCCUUUUUCCUGCCAGCUGUGUGAAAAAAGCUUCACUCGUAAAAUGGAUCUGGAAAGGCACAUGAGAAUUCACACUGGUGAAAAGCCUUACACAUGCCCUCAGUGUGGAAAAGGUUUCAUUCAACAUGGAAACCUUACAGUCCACAUGAGAGUACACAAUGGAGAGAGUCCCUUCACAUGCCAGCAGUGUGAACAAAGUUUCAAUCAUAAAACAAGCCUUAAUAGGCACAUGAGAACUCACACUGGAGAGAACCCUUAGACAUGCCAUAAGUGUGGAGAGAGUUUUCCUCAAUAUGGAAACCUUAACCUGUUAACCUGCACCCCCCAUUUUGGGACUCACAGCUGAAAAUGACCUACCUAGCUUGAAAUUGUAACAUUUUCUGACUUCAGUGUGCUACACAAACAAUUUUGGUGUCUUUGGAAAGAAGACCCCUUGGGCUUUACUAUCCAUCAUCCAGAGUUGAUAAUGCUCAAAAAAAUAAAAAGUUAUAGACACUGAAGUGCCUUGAAUUUUUUUUAUUUCAUAUAAAAGUACAUGAAAUCAGUCCUGGAGCAAUCCAGAAAAGUAAUGGGUUGAAAGUCACAUGUCUCAUGAGUUUAUAUUUUAAAUCUAAAGAAGAUACCAUGAAAAAUAAGAUUCCUGCAACCAUUUUUAUGAGACUAUGUCUAGUCAUUAUACAUACCACUGCAUAGUUUUUCAAGUAUAAAACAAUAGACCGAAUCUUAGACAUCGUAUAAGUGAUUUAUUUGGGCACUAGAAAAAUACAAUAACAAUAAUUUGAGUAAUAAAAAAGGAAAAAAAACAAUUAACUAUGUAUGCCAAGUACAUAUUCUGAUUGCCAGACUUAUAUAGCAUUCUCACUGAUAACUGCUCAUACAGUCAGUAAUCACAUGCUGAUGUGCGGUCAUACAGAUGAUAUUCAUACAGAUGGCCGGCCAUAUAGUCAAUAAUCACACUCUAAUGGCCAUUCAUAUAGACCACAUUCACACUGAUAGCUGUCAUACAGUCAGUAAUCACACGCUGAUGUGUGGUCAUACAGAUGUAAUCAGGCAGAUACAGCCACAUUCCCCACAAAACACACACACAUAUUAAAAAAGAAAAAACCCGAUCAGGUGACAGGUGUGUCAUGAGCCGUGACGAGAGAGCGCCAGAAUUCAAAUAAACAAUAUUCUGCGUAUCUUUGACUAUUUUUUUUUUUUUUUUUGGUCUCAUUUUGUUUGAGACACUGUAUGCUACAAAACCAUGUUGCUUUUUACUACCAAGAUGCAUUUUUUUUGAGCGUAAGUUAUUCCAUAACGGAUACAAACAAUAACUCUCCCAGAAGAAAUGAGACGUAAACAAAGGAAUUACCAUCCUUAUUACAACGUUGUUUCGUUGAAUUAAAAGUGCUCUAUGGGAUGUGUUUGUGACUUAUUACGAUGAAUCUGGUAUGUACUGCGUUUUUAUUAUGCAUGUUUUGAUGUGUACUGCUUACACAAAUUUAGCAAAUACAUUCCUUAUAAGCUUUCCAUUGAAAAACAGAGAUCUAUCGUUGAUGCUUGAGGCUUAGACCUUCUGAAUGAUAUACAGUGGGUACGGAAAGUAUUCAGACCCCCUUAAAU